UAUAUUUUUAAAGACAUCAUUCAGUUCUGCUGUAAAGAAGACCUACUGUUUAACCCCGCCGCCUAAAAUAGAAUAAAUUAAAAAAUGUCUCAUCUACAAACUGAAAAAGGAUUUCAACUGGUAAGAGAGGUUAUGAUGCAGCAGUAUGAAACAAACCGGCUAGAACUUGAGUUUACUUUAGUUAAUGCAUUUCUGGAAUAUAGGACAUUCAGGGAGUUUAUAAGUGGUAUUUAUACAAAAUUGUGUUUUUGGUUUGGAAUCAAAAUGCAAUAAUACAGGUUAAAAGGGGACAUGGAAGGAACCAAAAAAGGGACAUAUAAUCUAAGCACCUCUGAUUAAUGGCACAUGCCCCUUCCUCAUGUGUAUGAACAUGGGAGCGAUGAGAGAGAGAGAAAUCAAUAGGGACAAUAGAAAAAAAUAGAAAACAUAUCUUGAGACAGGGCUGAAGAAUAUGCGACAGAAAUAGCUGAUAUAUCUAUAGGGAUUCUGUCAGCAGUGCUGAAACAUAAUUAAUUGCUGUCGUGCAGUGUGUGUUCGCGGGCAGUUUGGAGCAGGUGAGAGCUGUAUCUAUAUAACACAUACACUCUAUCGGUGCCUGUGUCAGCGUACUAUCUUAGCUAAUUAUACUUCACACCAGGCGUUUGAAGUGACACCAUGUAGUGUGAUUGGAAACAAUGCUCAUAUAUUACAGGACGCUGAGAAAAACACACUCGUGUGGCCAUGCCAAGCUUAUAACUCGUGAAAUAAACUUGGUUACCUUGUGUAUAUAGUAUGUGAUCAGAACAAACAAAGAAUAGAAUAUAACAGAGCGAACAACGGCAAGAAUAGUGCAGAACAAAACUGAAUAACAUACAACAGAAGAAAUACAACAGAGGAGAAAAUAAAAUAGAACACAUUAGUGAAUAAACAAAAUAAAAUAGAAAAGGAGAACAAAAGAGUAGAAGAGAAUAGAAUAUAUUCAAAACAGAAGAAAUAUAACGGUACAGAAUAAAAGAAAAAGCAAAAUAGAGUAGAAAUGAGCAAAGCAGAACAGAAUGGAACAGAACAUUAGAACUGGAUAGAACAGAAUAUAGAACAGUAUUCAAUAGAAAACACAAUAUAAUUGAAUAAUCUGAAUGAAACAGAGUAGAACAAAUUAGAAAUGAGCAGAAAACAGAAUAGAACAAAUCAACAAAACUGAAUACCACAGAACAGAAAACAACAAUGAAUACAACAGAGAAAUUAAAAUAGAAUACAGAAUACAGCAGAAAUAAACGGAAUAGAAUGCAGAAUGGAACAGAAGAUAAUACGAAAAACAGAAUGGCAAGAAAUAGAAUUGACAGAGCAGAAGAGAGUAGAAUUGAACAGUUAUGUUUGUCACAGCAGAACAAAAUAUUAUAGAGCAGAAAUUGAUAACAGAACAUAAUCAAAAACAGAAUAAAAUACAACUCGACAGAACAGAAUUGAACAUAGCAGAGCCGAACAAAUUAGAAUAGAUAAGAAAAUAGCACAAACGAAUAAUAGAAUUGAGUAGAGUAGAAUAGAAUAGUACAGAAUUGGAAAAAAAAACAACUAUUUUCUGGUAUAUUUACAGUGUGAUUAUUACUACUGUAGUUGUGUGUAACACUGUCAAGUCAACUUGUUAACUAAUAGAAAAAGACAAAUUUGAUCAAACAGCUACAGAAUCUGUAAAUGAAUUCAACCCAAAGUGAAAGGUUGAAACGGAAACUAUUGUCUCUAUUGUUCCUACAGAUAAUAUUUCUGUUAUUGAAGCCAAAGUAGAAGUGGACCUGUAACCACGCAGGUGGACUCAAUUGGUGAAGGGCUAAAUGUAUAAUCCAUUAACUUCAGUCACUAGAGUCUGCCUCUGCUGUGUUUUUAAGUAUUCUGCCCGCCACACACGGUUUUCGCUCUUGCUUUCACUCACUGUGCGGUAUGAAACGAAACCUGAGCAGCCCGCUCAGAUCCACUCCACUCCCUAAACACAAACCUGAGGGGAAAGCGUUUCGCAGUCUGCGUUAUGACAUCGUAAUGUGACAAGGUGUCACCUCCAAUUCGUGAUGUCCCCCCGCCCCCCGCUUCACUAAGAGCACGUUGUCCCGCUCUCCAAGUACGAUGGAAAGUGACGAGUGUGACUGAUUGAACAUAAUAACGAUGGCAGACAAGUGGUCCAUUCCCCACAGGAACCUGAGCUCACCCUGCAAAUUUCCACAUUCCCGGCUUCCAUUCCCCUAAGGAUACACUGACAUUCACAUGCACGACAACCCAAAGCAGGGUAAAUUGAAAGGUUGCAACUCUCCACCAAGGACGACAACAGGCAAACUUGCAGCUUUUUUUUGGGGGGGGACUUGCCAUCAGCAGAAAUACACCCUGUUGUCAUAACAAAUGAUUCUGUAUUUGUGAAUUUAACACCUCUAACACCAGACCCCGUAAGGACCAAUUACAGGCUGAAGAGAGUAGGACCAAGAUGAAAGAUUUGCUGUUUGCAGUUUGUUUGCUGGGAGGACUUGCGCUGACUAACUCAGUUCAGCCCUCUGAGUGGAGGGCUGUGUGCCUCAAGCUGUGCAAAUGUGAAGUCCGACCCUGGUUCUCCCCCUCGUCCAUGUAUAAUGAGGCUCCGACUGUAGACUGUAAUGAUCUAGGACUUCUGUCUCUGCCCGAGAGGUUGCCCUUAGACACGCAAGUACUUCUAUCACAGGCCAACAACAUCGCAAAGAUCGACAGUCCCUUGGACUACCUGGUAAACCUAACCGAGGUAGACCUAUCUCGAAACAACAUAUCCUCAUUGAGUGAUGUUCAUCUGGGUCACCUUCCACAACUUCUGUCUUUGCACUUAGAGGAGAACUGGCAAAGCAGUCUUCAUGAUAAUUGUCUUGCACACUUCCCAAACUUACAGGAACUCUAUGUUAACCAUAACCUACUCUCCUUGAUCAGCGCAGAGGCUUUCCAAGGGCUUAACAAGCUCUUGAGGCUCCAUCUUAAUUCAAACCAGCUGAGGGCCAUAAGAACAGAGUGGUUCCGGGAUCUUUUCCAGUUAGAAAUCUUGAUGAUAGGAGAGAAUCCAAUUGCCAGAAUACAAGACAUGAAUUUCAAGCCCCUUAUCAAUCUCCGCUGUCUUGUGCUAACCAGAAUGAACCUCACUGAAAUCCCUGACGGUGCCCUGGUUGGCCUCGAUAAGCUGGAAAGCGUGUCAUUCUAUGAUAAUAUGUUUCCAAAAGUACCUCAAGCUGCUCUCAGAAAAGUGCUGAACCUCAAGUUUCUGGACCUUAACAAGAAUCCCAUAGAGAGGAUCAAAAGGGGUGACUUUGUGGACAUGCUCCAUUUGAAAGAACUCGGUAUUAAUAGCAUGCCAGAGUUGGUUUCAAUCGACAGCUUUGCCAUGCAUAAUCUACCAGAGCUGACCAAAAUCGAAGCCACGAACAACCCCCGACUUUCCUACAUCCAUCCAAACGCGUUCUCCAAACUCCCGAGGCUCGAGUCCUUGAUGCUGAAUAGCAAUGCGCUCCGGGCCCUUCAUCACAUCACGGUGGAAUCCUUGCCUAACCUUCAGGAGGUGAGCAUGCAUACCAACCCCAUUUACUGCGACUGUGUCAUCCGCUGGAUCAAUACGAACAAGACCAACGUCCGCUUCAUGGAGCCGGAUGCCCUCAUAUGCGCAGGGCCCUCAGAGUUUGAAGGUCGUCUUGUCAGGCAUGUGCACUCCCGUGAAAUGGCAGAUAUGUGCCUGCCACUGAUAUCCCCGGAAAGCCUUCCCGAUCAGCUUAACGUGGGUAGCGGGGAUUCUGUGUCUUUGCACUGCAGGGCGUUUGCCGAUCCCGAACCUGAGAUCUACUGGGUCACACCUUCAGGAGAGAAAAUAUUGCCUCAGAUGGUUUCCAAGAAGUAUCGCCUGCAUCCCGAGGGAACGUUUGACAUUUAUGGCAUCGCAGAAAAUGAGGCUGGGCAGUACACCUGCGUGGCCCACAAUCUCAUAGGUGCCGACAUGAGAUCCAUCUCGGUAGUAGUAAACGGGUACUAUCCACUGCUGGCAAAUGAAUCCCUGCACAUCCAAGUCGAAGGGACCGAGCCACAUUCGGUGAGGAUUUCUUGGGUGCCUCCCAAGGGCAGUCUUGUGUCAAAUAUUAAGUGGUCAACCACAUCACAGCGUCGCUCCUUGCAGUUCACGGCACACGUGUUGUCCGACGUAAAAACGUUCAACCUCACACACUUGCACCCGCUGACGCAGUACGAGGUGUGUGUGGAAAUUACGGACCUGCAAAGCAGACAUUUGAAAAACUGCCUGAAUGUCAGCACCACUGAGAUUUUAAUAGGAAAGACUGAUGAUGGUAUCGAUGACGGACUGAUAAUCAGCAUCACUGCACUUCUCCUCAUUGUGUCUGCAAUGGUCUGUUCGUUCAUUUGCAUGUUUCAGAGGAGUGAUCACUUUUACAGGAAAUUACGAAAUCAGCAGUCUGAGAUAUUACCGUCACACACCAAACCAAUCUGGGGGUCUAGGGCUGCUAAAGCCAAUGAUUCAGAAACAGACUUGACAAAAAUCUCAAUUUGAAAGAUGACAAAUGGUUUGGGAUGCACUGGACACUGGACUGUGUGACUAAUAUCCCUCUCAAUCUGAUACAGACUCACACCACUGGAUCAUUCUUAAAUGGAUUCCGUUGUGGUUUGCGGUCCAAGGCAUUUCUUGCUAAAUCUGACA